AGUUUUACCACUGGAGGGCGCGCUCGCUCUGUCAGCGAAGCCCUGCGCGGCGACGGUUGUGACGUCAUCAAUGCGCGACCAGAGUUGUGUGCGCGCAGGUUCCCUUUCUGCGCACCUCGUCAAUUGGCGCGCAUGCGCGGUUCCUUCGUGGGUUUUAAACACGGAUUCACGGGGAUACAGGCUUCAAUUCGCAAUGAAACCACCCAGAUUCAACGGUGUGUUUAUCUCGGUGGCCGAAGGGGAGUCGGCUCGCGUCCUAGCGACCGAGAUCGACUCUCUUUUGAGCAAAAGGGCAAUCAGAGUUGUUCCGGAGGCGGAAAGCCGUCAGGGUUUUUACUCCCGGUACUUUGUGAUCCUGAAGAGAGGGAGCGCAUCUCUCCGCCUGAUCUUGGAUUUGCGUGUGUUAAACAAACACCUGAGAAAAUAUUCAUUCAGAAUGUUGACACACAAAGCACUCUGUCGGUCGAUCCGUCCAAACGAUUGGUUUGUGACGAUCGAUCUGUCAGACGCGUAUUUUCACAUAGACGUUUACCCGUCACACAGAAAAUAUUUGAGGUUUGCGCACAGAAGCACUGCCUACGAGUUUCAAACCAUUCCGUUCGGACUGUCUCUCGCUCCGAGAACUUUCAGCAAGUGUGUGAAGUGUGCAAGUGUGCCGUUGAGAAACAGCGGGAUUCGGAUUUUGUCUUAUAUAGACGAUUAUCUGAUAUGCUCCUCGUCAAGAGAGCAAGCGGUCAGAGAUGCAGAGAGGGUAGUCACUCAUCUCUGCAGCUUGGGUUUCAAAAUAAACAGGGAAAAGAGCCGCUUGUGUCCCGCGCAGUGCGCGGAAUAUCUGGGACUCAGUAUAAAUAGAGAAGAAUCGCAUCUCUCAUUCAGUGUCGCUCCACAGCUGAUCCCGAGACAUAUAAACUAUUUGGAGUUGUUGGCAGUAUUUCUGGCACUGAAACAGUUUCUGCCUUUCAUAAAGGACCGACAUGUGUUGGUGAAAACAGACAAUUCCACAGUGGUCACGUACAUCAAAUGGCAGGGAGGUGUGCGCUCCCUCCAGCUGCAUCAGUUGGCGAGGAAACUGAUAAUGUGGUGCAACACAAGGUUUUUGUCCAUCAGGGCGACUCAUGUUCCAGGCGUAUGGAACAGGGGUGCAGAUCUAUUGUCCAGGGGAAUGUACACUCAGGUGGUGGAGCAGGUAUGGCAGAGAUACGGCCGGGCCGCCGUAGAUCUCUACGCCUCGCGAGAAAACGCUCAGUGUCCUCUGUUCUUUUCUCUAAGGGACGAAGAUGCACCGUUGGGUGUGGAUGCGUUAGCCCACCAGUGGCCAAACGUUCUUCUCUACACGUUCCCUCCACUGAGCUUGAUUUCCCCCACCCUGGCCAGGGUCAGAGAACUCAGCUUGUCACUGAUUCUGAUAGCUCCACGUUGGGCUUCCAGGCACUGGAUCGCAGAAAUAGUUCAGCUACUGACGGCUCAGCCUUGGCCACUCCCUCCACGGAGGGACCUUCUGUCCCAGGCGGGCGGGGAGAUUUAUCAUCCGCACCCGGACAGAAUUGCUCUCUGGGCCUGGCCUGUGAGAGGUGGAACUUGA